GUGCCUGGCAGACACGACCAAACAUGCACUUCCUAAUCGUUCCUCACCCACGACGCGCCAGACGAUACUGGACGCCAAUAUGAGUCACUCGUCCAGAGAAUCUCUGGUUUACGAUCCUGAUCAAGAUGCAGAAGAAAAACGCGCCGUCCGCAAGGACUACAGAUCUCUUACAAGAAAUAUGGAAGAGUAUCAGUCUAACCUUGCCAGCCUGAGUAUAGAACAGAUUGAGAAGGACGUCGGCAAGGCAGACAAGUUGUUCGACAAAGUGAAGGGCCCUCAGGAAGCUACUCUUGAUUCCGCUUUCUUGCUGAUGGCCUCAAAUCUGGGAGCCCAGAAAGCACGAGCUAUGAAGUCCGGAGCAGGAGCCUUCGAUGUCGACGAAUUUGUUUCAAAACUCAUCACCUUCAUGGGUGGGCGCAAGUUCGGAGAUCAGAUUCCAGACGACGAUUCUGAGAUGGACGCGGCGGAGGAUGAUCCCGACAGUGUUCUCGAUUGGGAUAGGAUUGGCCGAAAAGCCCUCGCGAAGAGUUGCAGGGUUCCUGCCCUUAGUUUUAUGCUUGGGCCACUUUCUAUCGAGGCCAAAAAGCGGGCGCCUGUCAGGCGCGCCAGAUUGGAAAAGAAUAAAGAAGAACAACGGAAGCCCCAGGAACUGAAGGAAGAAGAUAUUGCGCGAUCUGAGAAUGAGACAACCAAAAAUGUGGCACUUUUGGAAGCUCUGUUGGGCGAAGUCAGCCCUAUCAACUUAUUCCGAUUCGUCAUCAAUCCCCAUGACUUCGCCCAGUCGGUGGAAAAUAUAUUUCACCUAUCAUUUUUGAUUCGGGAUGGCAAAGUCGCACUGGAUACGGAGGCUGACGGUGAACCCAUAAUUUACUUGUGUGCGCAACCUUCCGAUGAGGACUAUGAGAAUGGCUUGCGAAAACAUCAAAUUGUAUUAGAAUUCGACGAGGCCACAUGGAAGCGAGCAAUAGGUGUUUUUGAUAUAAAGGAGCCCACGAUUCCUCAGAGACCUGCUGCUCGGACACGACUUGGAGAUAAGUGGUAUGGUUGAUCGUCGCCGCGUGCCGCCUUCACUUAUGUAUAUAGGCUCAUUCACGACUAAUUUUCCUAUCUUAUAUUUACUAUCCUAUGCAGUGGGCGGUACCUUGUACAAUUAAUAGAUUUAUUUUCGACCGAGGGAGAUGCCGGUUAAGUAGACGUCAUACUGUCUUUAUCGGCAGAUGACUGAUCGUAUUGAUUUUUGUACU